AUGUCUUCUAACAAACGACGUGUUAUUAAUAAAUUUGGAAUAAUAUCUUCUUCUUACUAUGAAAAACUCUUCAAAUGUAAUAGUCAAAAUUUAAAUAAAUCAAGGAGUGGCAAACCAACACCAUCAUUUUCAGUCACAAGAGAAUACAUCUUGAGAUUCAACCAUACACAGAACCUAAGAGAGAAGGAACAGUUAAAGGAACGAAUUACAAAAAAUAUUCUUAGAUGUAAGAGAAGAUUGGGUCUCAAAACCUUAGGCUCUGGGAAGCAUGUGAAUAUCCCUGAUGGGUGGAUUGAAGCAACAUAUCUGGCUCAAUGCAAGGGAGAUGUCCAAGAAGAAGCUUUAAAUAUGCUUUAUGAUUCCCUGGACCAUGCUUCCUUUGAUUACUAUCAGCUUCCUGCCUUAUUUUUUGUUGCGGAAUCAGUUUUAUAUAGACUCUGUUGUGAUGCGUUCCAAAAGGCAUACUUAUAUUCAGUUGAAAUGAAGCUGGCAAAGAUUGGCUAUUUGGUCUUCUUACGACUUUUUGUAUUUUUCCUGCAUGGUCACCUAGGAGAUUUUAAAGAACAUUUACUUAGGCUUCGACAAUAUUUAAACGUGCUUUAUUUAUCUGAAGACACAUAUUACAAGUAUCCAAACAUCUUUUCAAAUGUGGCAUUCAUCCUGAAAACCUCGGAAAUUAUGUAUGAAAGAGUACUACUUUCUGAAUCAACUUUUAGCCCUAGUGGAAACACAGAAGGAUAUGAGAAUGUGUAUUCUGGUAUGGAGGGAGGGUAUGAAGUUAACCACCUGCUCUGGCACUGUGUUGCUGCUUGGUCGUGCAUUCAGAAUAACAGUCCUAAGUUGAACAAUGUGCUUGAACAUCUCUACUUCCAUAAAACACAGCUUCAAAAUAAAUGCUGGUUGGAUUCAGCACUGGCUUUGUUGGUCCUUGGGGAGGCUGCCAAAUUAAACAUGGUCUGCCUGAAAGCUUUAAUGGAUCUAGUAAGAGAUUUUAUUUCAAGCAUUAUGUCUCCUCAGAAUCAGGAAGAAAGCUACAAGGUCAAUGAUUUUUCCUGGGCUUGGAAUAUAGUCUACAUAUAUAUAACAGUUCUUGCAGAAAUCUGCUUAUAUGCAGCCACUUCUGAUUUGAGAAAAACUGUUUUUAUCGGUUUUUGUGGCUGUAAAGGUUCACAAGAAAAUAUUUUACUCAAAGACACCAAAUCAGAAGACGAACCAAUAUUAAGGGAAGCGAGUGUUUUAGGCCUUUUGAAAUAUUUUUCUUCAAAAAUAUCAGAAAAUUGUAAUCAAGUGAUCUGGACCGGAUACUAUGGAUUAGUGUAUAACCUGGUGAGAAUGUCCUGGGAACUUCGAGGAGAUGAGGAGCAGGAUGGACUUAGAAACAUAAUAUGGCAAACAUUACAGAAGACAAAGCAUAGUGAGAAAGAUGAACGAAUUCAUACCGCAGUGAAGAUAGCUCAGGCUGAGUUAAACAACCCAACUGAUCCUUUCACUAGUUAUGGUACAAAAGUUCCACCAAAUGUAGGGGAUGAAACUUUUUCCAAGUAUAUAGGAUGGAGAAUUGCCAACACACUUUCCAAACUAUUCUUUCCCUCCAUUGAUGCCCGUGCCCUUCCUUUGAAGAAACCAUCAAUAAAACAAGUCCAAAUGAAAUAUCCAAAGAAAAAGGAGGCUCCCAUGAAGAAGAGAGUUCUCCGUUUCACUGUAAGGGAGCAUCCUUCUAAGUCAGAACUCUCCAUGUUUCCAUAUCCAGAUUUGUUCACCAGGGCAGAUGAACAAUUGGCAAGAGUUGUUGACCAUCACUGGCAGGAAGAGCUAAAGAUCCGAGAGAAGGAAGAUGCCAUAUGUGAAGCCGAAGAACGGAAAAAUAAAGAGUUAAAGGAGACAAAUCACUUCAGAGAAAUUAUGAAGAAAAGAGAAGAGAAACUUCACAAGCAAACCAAACCCUAUGAGCUUCCUCCAAGAACAGAAGUAAUUUCAUUAGAGAACAAAAUAAGACCCAAAGAAAUUGAGCCCCACAUGCCAGAAGUUCAUUGCAAGAAAGAUACUGAGAUAAUUCCACAUUAGGAAAACUUUCUUGUGAUUAAUUUAAAGACAUUUUUUAGAAAGGAAUUCUUAUCCUGGUGCAAGUACUUUAAUAGUCAUAUGUUAGUCCUCAAUUAUUAGUCGGUUCUUAGUCACAGUUGAGUGAUUUCACCAGUUAAAUUUUUCCCAGAAUAUGGCUGAUGUUUUCCUAACUGACUCUUAUCAUGUGAUCAUAGAGCAUACUUUAUCAGUGAUUCUCAGACCAUUGAUAUUCACUGGACACUUAGAUGGAAAUCAACUGCAAACUAUUAAUGAGUCUCAUAUGAGAAUUAUUUCUUGAAAACAAAAAGAAUGAACAUCAGCUGGUGCUCCUAUAAUAACUAUUAGUCAAAUAAAAGAAAUUAUGGCACUUGCUUUGAUUUGUGAUUUGUAAUCAAUCUAUGCCAAACCAAAACCUAUGUCAGAAGUUUGAAUUUGAUAAAUUACCAUCUAUAAACAAAUCUGGAAGAACCAGUCAUCUCAGAUUGGCUUUGCCUUAACGGAUGCCAUAGGAAACUCCUGAGUGACCGGGGUUUUACUAUGGUAGAUGAGCUCAAGAGAAUGGAUUUUGAUGGUUCCAGGUCCAGUAACAGUUAUUGGAGGGAUACAUCCAAUCUUGGAGUCAUUUUAAAAAUGGCACUCUACUUCAUCUGAAGCUCUCAAU